GCUGGGAGCUUGUAUAUAAGGAUAUGGAGAUCUGGCCCAGGAAAAAAACGCCUUCGUUUCCUGGUCCUACCUUGGCUCCCCGUAUACCCAUUUCUGCCUGAUCGCUGCUUCCGUUGGUGAGCUACGCUAAUACCUUGCUGCACAUUUGAGUCUGUAUAUCCUGUACCGUAUUAAAGAAUUGUGACUGAACCUGUGGAAUUCGGCGUCGCAAGCAACUUGAUACUGCUCCCCCGCAAAACAGCAGUGGGUGCCUGCCGAAGUGUUGUGAGAUCUGGUUGGUAGAAUCUACUGGGUGUCACUUCAAUCAUAUGAAAUUUUUUCUGCUAUCCUGCUGUCUGGAAAAGCUGCCUUCACAAGCUGAGUUAUAUGCUCGGCAACAGAAAAUGGCCAUGAGGAGAUUUUACUACAUAUCAUGCAGUACUACAGCUCUGCUGACGAUGCUGAUCUUAGCCUCUGUGAAAGAUAGCAAAUGUAUAACAGACCCUCAUCAGAGAAAGCUUUUACUCCAAGAGGAAGCCUCCAGGCAGAUCGGUGGCAGAGUGGAGCUCAGUGCAGCAGAACAUCGACUUGACUCACUCUUGCGUAAACUGAAAGAGCGGGAGAUAAUGGCUCCAUAUUUCCCUCCAGCUAUGCACUUCUUUAAAGCAAAGCCCUACAUCCAAAGGAGUCCUGUGUUUAAAAUACUAAAAAAAAUGCCAAAAGGUGCUAUCCUACAUAUACACGGCGCUACUCUGGUACAUGUGAAAUGGCUCGUGAUGAAUGUAACGUAUCGGCCUCACUGCUACGUUUGUUUCACAUGGACGGGACGCGUGCAGUUCAUAUUCUCGGCACAACAGCCAUUACCACUUUUGAAUUGCUCUGGAUGGAACCUAUUGGAGAACCUGAGGGCCACUGUCAGUGAUGUAACAACUUUUGACAAGAGUUUGAUACGGAACCUCACGCUGUUCACUAAGGACCCUGAUGUAAAAUACCCGACUCAGGAUGAAGUGUGGAAUCAGUUUGAGCAAGUAUUUCAGUCAAUCUCAGGGCUGGUCUCAUAUGCACCUGUUUUUAAAGAGUACAUUUACCAAGGCCUCCUGCAACUCUACAAUGACAAUAUCUUGUAUUUGGAGAUGAGGACUGACCUUUACCAGACAUAUGAACUUGAUGGCACCAUUCAUGACAGAGAAUGGACUAUUCAAACCUACAAAAAUGUAACGGAGCAGUUCACGCUGGAGUAUCCAGAUUUCAUUGGGAUUCGAUUAAUUUAUUCUGUUGAUAGAUCACAGAACCUGUCCAUGGUAAAAAUAGCAGUAAGAGAUACUAUUGAGAUGCAAAAACGAUAUCCAGAGAUUAUCGCUGGCUUUGACCUGGUUGGGCAAGAGGAUAAAGGAAAUUCCAUCUGGUAUUUUCGAGAUGCUCUAUCAAUUCCUGCUGAAGUGAAAGCCAAACUUUCCUACUUUUUCCAUGCAGGCGAGACUGGCUUAUACGGCACAGAUGUUGACGGGAACAUUCUGGAUGCUCUGUAUUUCAACACUACGCGUAUUGGGCAUGGUUUUGCCUUGGCACGCCAUCCCCUGGCUAAAGAGCUCUCCAGAAAACUGGGAGUGCCAGUGGAAGUAUGUCCUAUAUCCAACCAGGUGCUGAAGCUGGUCUCAGAUCUGCGAAAUCACCCCGCUGCAGUGUUAAUGUCAGAGGGCCAUCCCAUGGUAGUGAGCUCCGAUGAUCCGGCCUUGUUUGGCACAUCUGGACUCACCUAUGAUUUCUAUGAAGUCUUUGUAGGAAUUGGAGGUCUGAGUGCCAAUGUAGGCACGCUGAAGGAGUUGGCAAUGAAUUCAAUUAGGUACAGUUCCUUGCCAGCAGUGCUUAAGGAUAAGGCCAUGGCCUUAUGGCAGCAAAAGUGGAGCAAAUUUAUAUCGAAGUAUUCACCAUAGUUACUGAAAGUUGAAGAAAACAUUUGAAUGACAUUUUCACACUGAAAAGGAAAAAAAAAACCAACAACCAACAACUCUCUGGUGAAGCCAUAGUUUAUUGGAGUACUUUUGCAGAGAUCCUUUGGCUAUUUGACUAAAUCCUGACAUUCAUGUUUUCUAAAAGUCUCCAUCACAUAAGGCUGGGGGAUAUUGUGAUAAUUUAUGUUACAAUAUGCUUUUCUGAAAUAAAGUGGAACUUGUGGUUUUAUUUUAUAAUAAAAACACAAUUCAAGAACAGAAUUUUAGUGAGACAAAACUAUACUGAAAAAGCUGCUUAUGAAUAUGAAUCAGUUUUAAGCGACAUUAACAUUGAAUGACUACAAAUCUGGCCUCCAGUUCAUUAACUUUUGUUAACUCCCAGUAAAGUUGCUACGACUAUGAACAGUUUUCAGUGUAGUCUUUUCUGAACACCUCAAAACCGAGCCUUCCAAUAAAUAUCACUCCACUGCCUCUAUCCACACAAUAAUACAUUACUUAUAAUAAUGCAGAGCAAUGCUUUUUUAAUUUCUGAUCUGUGAAAACGUGUAUAAAAUAAACAUGCAUUCUGCCUGAUCAA